UUAGGUUUGACCUCAUAUUAUAUGGUUUUUGGUAAAUCUAAAGCAAAAGUCUCAAGAAAAUUGUAUAGUUUAGAGCAGUCUUGUGACUUCUAUCAGUGUCCAGCAGCGCUGUAUGGUGUAAUGGUGACACUGUACUACUUGUGGGGGGUGAUGAAGAUUUUUUUUUUUUUUUUACACUGAUUGCUUUUACACCCAUAUAGGAUGUAAAAGCAAUCAUUUCUCUUUCUCUCUGUGUGCAUUCUUGCACUCAUUGAGAAGUACUGUGUGAGCUGUGAUUGGUCACAGCUUGUCACAUGGUACAAGGCUGUUGUGAAUAGCCUUGUACCAUGUGACCUCUGUGAUCAUUCACA